UAAUCAGCAUUCUGAGGAACCUGAGGCACACCACUCGCCGACAGUCACCCAGGAAAUACUGCACACUGCUGCCACGGCACUCAGGACCCACCAAGAGUGCCAAGAUUAACCUCUUGUACUGGAGGUGCUGCCCCAUUGCUGUGCAAGAGCUAAGGGAGAGCAGUCUUGCUGUUGGUAGAGUGUGUUAACCAAAAGCAUGCUGGCUACCAAGCUGUCCCGGCCUCUCCUGAGCUUCUCUGUGAAAGCCCUGAAUUUCAAAGACCCAGGGAAUGGCUUCAGGCCUGUGCAAAGAUUUUGCUUCCCUCUCCUAUCCCCGUGUGGCAGCCGCUCCUAUGCAAGUGAAGUCGAUCAGAUUGGCAGCAGAGCUGUGCUUAUAACAGGCUGUGACUCGGGGUUUGGAUUUGCCUUGGCCAAGCACCUGCAUGCCAAAGGCUUCAUUAUUUAUGCUGGCUGCCUGCAAAAGGACAAGGGAGAGGGUGGCUCCAAGGAUCUGGAUAACAUGAACAGUGAUCGAAUGAGAACCGUCCAGCUCAACGUCUGUGACAGCAAAGAAGUGGAUCGAGCAGUGGAGCACGUGAAUAGCAGCCUGGAGGACCCAGAGAAAGGGCUCUGGGGGCUGGUGAACAAUGCUGGGAUCUCCACAUUUGGGGAAGUCGAGUUCACCAGCAUGGACACCUACAUGGAGGUAGCAGAGGUGAACCUGUGGGGCACUGUGCGAACCACCAAGGCUUUCCUCCCGCUUAUCCGGAGGUCAAAGGGUCGUGUGGUGAACAUCAGCAGCAUGAUGGGUCGGAUGGGCAGCCCUGCCCGCUCGCCCUACUGCAUCACCAAGUUCGGCGUGGAAGCCUUCUCUGACUGCCUGCGGUACGAGAUGCAGCCGCAGGGGGUGAUGGUGAGCAUCGUGGAGCCCGGCAACUUCAUCGCCGCCACCAACCUGUACAGCCCCGAGCGGAUCAAAGCCAUCGCCGACAAGAUGUGGGACGAGCUGCCCGAGAUCGUGCGCAAAGACUAUGGCAGGAAGUACUUCGACGAGCAGGUCAGCAAGAUGGAGACGUACUGCAACAGCGGCUCCACGGACACGUCGCCCGUCAUCGAGAGCGUGGCGCACGCGCUGACCGCCACGGCCCCCUACACCCGCUACCACCCCAUGGAUUACUACUGGUGGCUGCGCAUGCAGAUCAUGACCCACAUGCCCGCCGCCAUCUCCGACCGGCUCUACGUCUACUGAGGCCUGGCCCCCCGGCUACCCAGGUGGGAGAGGGGUUUUAAGGAGAGCGUUGUAACACAGUUCCCGUUAGUCCUUCUAACAUUUGUCUAGCCCCGUUUCACAGUACUGUAUUUUAGCUCUGAAGGGUUCAGGUAAACAUCUGGCGUAACCUAAAGGGCAGCCGUUGGCAAAGGGUGCUUCGUAGGCAGGAAUGCGUUAUGUUUGUGUAGGAACAUUGAUUCUUUGCUAUUUAUUUCAGGUAAUCCUUCUUUUUCCACCUCAAAUAUCAAGUUAUAAUCAUCAUUUAAACUGUAAUUGCUCUGAAGUGUCUUCAGAAUAAUUUCUGCCGAUGGCCAAACACAAUCUUCCCAAUUCCUGCCUAGGAUGCAGCCUCACGCCACAAAACAGAGACCGUCCGUGCUGUAUGGCAAACCACUGCUUCCUGGUGACAAAGUGUCCAACAGGCUUUUCCAGGCUCGGCCUCAGUAGCCCGAGGCAGACCAGAGACUUACUUGAUUUGGGGAUCAGAACUCAAAAUGUUCGAGGUGCUGAAAAUGAGCAACUGAGUCUGUCCCUUUCUCUCUUAGAAUUAUACUGAUGAAACCUUAGAGAAAAGGAACCAGUCUGCUUCUCUUGCAUGCUUUCCUGCAAAGGAGUUCAACCGUCCAGGGACCCCAUCCUGCAGACCUUUCCCACAGGAGUUCUAUACUCAUACGAGCAUUCCCAUGAGUGUGAGCAGCUUUUCACACAUGACUGCAGGCAUCAGGAUUGGCCCAUUGUAGCAUUUCUCUUCAACAAUAAUUGAACAUCAACUCCAGACUUGGUUUGGAGAAGAGUUUCACUCCAGCUCCUCUGACUGUUGAGGAUCAGCGCUGAGCAGAGGGAAGCAGAGGGGGUUCCAGUCCCGGCAGUGAAGGCCGUUCUUACCAGGGACCUCAGGGUUACACCCAAGUAUUUGUACAGCACCUUGCACAGAGGAGCCUUAACCCUAGCCAGGGCCUCCAGGCACUACUGCAGUGCAGGUAGAGGUAACAGUAAUAACUUUCCUUGAAGGAGCCACUGAGCUGAAAUACAUUUAACAUGACCUAAAUCUAAUGGGGGGUCCAUAAUAAUACCGUCGCCUUUAGGAGCAGUUUCGUUUCCGUGAUGGUUGUUUACAUGUCUGAGAGACACUUGUUUUGUACCACAAAAGCGAAAAGAAAAAAAAACAUAAAAGACCCUUUCAGGUGAAAAUGCAGAAAGGGUUAAUUUUUUUAAAAGCUUCAAAGGCAAAAAUCAAGUGAGUAAAAAUACCAUUGCUAGCAAAGUUAAAGAGAAGGGAUCUCACGUGCUCUAGUAACAUCCCGUGACGUGAUCAAACUCCUUUGGCUUAAUAAACGUGUACAUGAAUGGUAACGACA